AUGGAUAUUCAAAAUAUAAAUGACUUGGUUUCCCAGCCUGAUGUGUGUCGCUGCUGUUUAUCUGCCAAUGGGAAAUGGGAUCUCACUACUUCAUACAUUUCUGAAUCGGGAACCAAGGAAAUAUAUUCGGAAAUGUUACAGGAAUGCUACGGGAUUACUCUUUCUCAUAUAAAAGAUUGGGCCACAAGUCAUAUGGUGUGCUCUUUGUGUGUAGGACAGCUCCGUGAUGCUUGCAGCUUUCGAAAUCAGGUGCUCAGUGCAUCAAAUUGCUUUGCUGAGUACUAUAAUAAAGCAAAAGAGAGUUUAAUAAAAAGUGAAGACAAUAUAGACCUAUUACAACCUGUUUCUGAAUCUUUUGCAGAAGAAUUGUUGAUUCCAAAUGAUGGUAAGCUAAUGAAUUCAACUUAUUUAUACAUCAUUUAA